GUAUUUCCCUUUUUCAAGUAACAACAAAGAUGCAACCGGCAAUUUGAGCAACUAACCAUUGCCAACCAUGUCUAUGGCUAUGGUUACCGCCUGUUCAUCGUCUAUCUUUCGAAAACCCAUUUCUAGUUUCACCAGAAACACUCAUCUUCUUAAGGUCCCUUUUUCCCCAUCAUCCACACUAACCCAUCAACACAGAACACCCACUUCAUUCAACCUUAAAUGUCAAGCUGCCAGAGACAACACUUUAUUAGAACCCCCAACUGUUUAUCAAGGAGUUUACGGCCCCUGGUCCGUCGAUUCAGCCGAUAUCCGUGAGGUGGUUUUAUACAGGUCUGGAUUAGUGACAGCUGCGACGUCGUUUGUUGUUGCAGCUUCAGCUGCUUUCUUGCCUGAUGAUUAUGUGUUGACUGAUUUCUUGAAGGGGAAUAUUGAUGUAUUGUAUGCUGUUGGGGCGGGUGGAUUAGGGUUGUCAUUAGUUUUGAUCCAUAUUUAUGUUACUGAGAUUAAAAGGACUCUUCAAGCGUUGUGGGUUCUUGGUGUUGUUGGGUCCGUUGCCGCAAAAGUUUGUCUGGCUCAUGAUGAGAGUUUGGUGCAGUAUGUUGUGGAUAAUCCGGUGGCGGUUUGGUUUGUUGGUCCUUUGUUUGCAGCAUUGACUGGGCUUGUGUUUAAAGAAGGACUUUGCUACGGCAAGUUGGAAGCUGGAAUUCUGACGUUUAUCAUUCCAUCGGUUCUUCUGGGGCAUCUGAGUGGUUUAAUGGAUGAUGGCGUAAAAGUCGGUCUGCUUGGCGCGUGGAUGACGCUCUUUGUAAUAUUUGCAGCAAGAAAGUUCACUCAGCCUAUUAAGGAUGAUAUUGGAGACAAAUCUGUGUUUACAUUCAAGGCUCUGCCUGAAGAAGAAAAGAAAGCUUUGAUACAGAAGCUAGAGCAGCAAAACUUAUCAGAAUCAUGAAUUAUGACUGUAUAUCCCCAAAGUCUUAGAAAUACUGUAUAGAUAUAUUUGAGCUAUAAAAUGCAGUAGUACUUGUCGCAUUUGCUGGUGAGAUUUGUGCAUGCUCUUCAUUCAUAUUUCCUAAAUUUUGUUCGUGCA